AUGGCGCAAUUCGGGCUGUCAGGACUUGGCCUGUACCGCCUUCCCACCCUGUCAUCUACCACCUCAGCGAAGACGUUGUUUGAGCUUGUCGCCGGCUACACAUUCCAUAACGGCUUCACUGAACCUUCUCCUCCGUCCCUUAGCAAGGACCACCACGAUAUCUCCAUCAGCAGCCAAGCUGGCCACUACCAGGCCACAUACAGGAAGAUGAAGCGUCUCAGCUCAGUAUGGCUGAUCGAUUCUGUCGGUACCCCAGAUGCCGCGCUUGUCGACAUCGAUCUGGAAGGCGUCCAGCACGAAACCGAAGAAGAAGCGUUGGCGCAGCGCAAGCAUGAUGCGGCUCGAGAACGCGACGAUAACAAAGUCCGCAUGUUGACGACGGCACUUCAUUCUUUGCUUCUGGAUGACAUUGAAGCCGUCGAUGAGGAUGCCCGCAUGCACAUCCUUAGACAGCUCGUCGAACAUCUUCUUGAUACACAUGCUGAGAAACUACCCAAGGACGACGAUGAACUCCUUGAACAACUCCGCACAGCCGCAACGCGGAAGACCCUUCAAUCCACAGACACGAACACCUUUCCCAACCUGGAAGUACUGUUCGCACUCCAAUCUGUCCCUGUGAUUCCGCUCGCUGAGCGUCGCGGCCAGCAAGAAAUCUCGCUUGGGGAACUUUCUACGCCCCAUGUCCACGACGAAAUGCUGUCCUGGACCCUUCACUCCUACAGGGUGCGUGAAGAUCCAGACUUCCCAAAAGUGCCCAUUUGGGACGAGCGCGCCGAUUAUGAGCGCCAGUAUCUCGACUCUAUCUCUCAGCUUAGCGAGGAGAAUAGCCUUGACUUCUUUGCACAUGCUACCUUCAUGAAGGAGAUGCGUCAUUUCCACCUCAAACACCCAAACCCGCCCUGGGAUAUUAUCCAAGGCUGGCAAGAAGAGAGCCUCAAACAAUGUGAUAAUGCAUUCGAGGUGGAGAUUCUGAAAGCCAAAGAGGGAGAGCCGUUUCGCCUUCUUGCAGCUCGGAUUGAGUAUCUGCUCCCGACGUUCACGCGCCUGACGAAGGAGGACAAAGUUCUACCUUACAUUAAUCUCGAAGUGCUUCAAGCUGCGGAGUUUGUUGAGCUGGAUGACUCCUGCUGCCGCCGGAUUCUUAGGCGCGAGAUGAGAUUGUUACUGAAGCAGGAUCUUGACGUGAAAAGUAUCCAGUAUGAGUGUAUUGCCGAUCUCAAUUUCAACUAUCCCAACGGCAAGCUUGCAGAGACCUCGGAUCUUCCAUCGAAAAUGAGACAGGCGCAGCGCGCGCGGAUAAAGGCAUGGACAAAUGAGAUCGAGGCAUCUGAUCACAUCAACACUCGACUCUACACCGAUGAGGUCGAAGCUAGGUCUGAAGUCGAUUCUUCAUACGACGCUCCUAGCACCCCUGGGCUCCCUUUGGGCCUCCAGGUCGCAGUGGAUCAAGGUGUAAUUGACUUCAUCCGCUUUGAAAAGGGCUUGCCUAUCUGGCUUUCCCGCGGGCAAGAUACCAGGUCGCCUUCGGAGGCACAUCACGACAGCUACCGCGCCAGCGACGACGGCAAAAAUCUCGACGAUUCGCAGACGUCAGGAGAGCCCGAUGAAGAGGAGUCGCGAGCUGGUCUUCAUACCACCGCAGAUGAUCAGGAUGACUCGACCGCGUCUGCAACCCUGUGUUCGCCCGGCAGAAAGAGGGCAAUGGGUUUGCUGGACAUCUAUAACGUGAAGAAGGAUGAGGAAGAGCGGAUUAAGAGGAGGAAGGAGGGUUUGGCGCCGAUGUGGGAGGGAGAGAGGGAGGUGGAUUAUCCGCCGAGGAGGCCGGUGUAUGAGGGUGGUUGGGUGCGCAAGGCGCUGUUUGUAGAGGUACGGAGAGAGAGGAAGGUGGAGCAGCGUGUGUGGGAGACGGGUGUGUUGGAUACGAUGGGAAAUGUUGAGGGGAGUGGUGGGGUGAUGCUUCCUGGCUUGCCAGUGGAUCAGGAUUUGUUUGGAUGGGCGGGCGUUACUGUUCCGAGGAAGAUGGUGGGGAAGGAUCCAGUUACGUCGGAGAAUCAGGUUUACGGGGAGCAAGCAUAUUGA